GCUUUGGAGGAUCGUGGAUCAGCAGGCAGCUGCCUCUCUUCAACAUGAGUGAAAUAAAGGCUCCUGUGACCCUGAAGACGAUCCUCAUAGGAAACUCUGGGUAACCUUUGAUUUUCACCGUCACUCUAGGUGGGAAAAUCCUCCGUCAUGAACAGAUAUGUGAACCACCGCUUCACCAACAUGUACAGAGCCACCAUAGGAACUGACUUUUUCUCCAAAGCAGUCAGUAUAGGCGGAAACACGGUGACUCUGCAGAUCUGGGACACAGCAGGCACAGAGAGGUUCCAGUCUCUGGGAUCACCUCUCUACAGAGGGAGCCACUGCUGCAUGCUGGUGUUUGACGUCACCUCCACGGCCAGUUUCAGCGCUCUGGAUGUGUGGAGGAAGGAGUUUCUGGUCCAAGGAGAGCCUCAGGAUCCAUCUGACUUCCCCUUCAUUGUUCUGGGCAACAAGACGGACCUGAGCAACCGACAGGUGUCUCACAGAAAGGCCCUGCAGUGGUGUGAAGAAAUUGGAGCAGAAUACUUUGAAGGAAGCGCCAAAGAAGACUUGGACCUUGAGAAACCGUUUCUGAGAGCUGCAGAACUUGGCCUUCAGCAGUACAAAAAACACACAUUGGAAAAUACAGGACAUUUCCAGAUAACCUGCGAACAGCCGAGAGAAACUCGCAACACCUGUGAGUGCUGAGGAGCACCCGUCCCAGGGAAGGAAAGUUGAGAGACCUCGGCACUGCUGAUGAUGACCUAUCUAACAAGGGUGCAAAAAUAGUGACCCGGCAAAGGUACUGUGGAAGGAAAGGACACAAUUGUAUAUACCACAUGGAGAGAGGAACAAACUCAUUAAAUGUUUUUUUUUUUCCAUCUUUUUUUUUUUUCUUGAGAACCUUCAGCUUAUGGUCUAACUUAAGGCAACACUACUAAAAUACACUGCUUUUGCAUGCAUGUCUAGUUUUGUUCAACAGACACACCGACACGCACAAAAUUAUGAAUGCAUAUGAAGAGAAAGUUCGUUUCUAGAAAGAAAUCAGAAAUCCUAACCUGAACCCAAGGCGGCAAAGCAGACCCUCGGCUCUGAUGCUCAGGCCUCUUUUUAUUUUUUAAACCAUCACAGCUGAACCGCCCUUACAGAAGAUCUCCAAUCAUUUCCGGUCAGAAAUCUCCCUGUACACAUUUGAUGAAGCUAGCAGGAUUUCCUCACUCCUAGUGAAUCAGCUUGACAGAAACAAAAAUCAAUCAGAACAAUCAGGGAGACUAUAUAUAUAUAUAUAUUUAUAUAUAUAUAUUUGUUUCUUUAAGUAAAGACACAAAAGGCGAUCAAGAGAUGACCAACAUGUAAAAACAGUUUGUUACAGGUAAUUAUAUAAAAGGCCAAGAUGUUUUUUUUGUGUGUUUUAUUCUUGCUCUAUGAACGAUUUAAUUUACAAGUGAGUCGAACUGUAAGCGGCCUUCUCAGGCAAUUCCAUUCAAAGACAACAUGUCACAGGUAGCUUUGCACACCAGCUGUGGUCUGAAAUACAGAGCCUUAAAG